CACGCAGGUCAUCUACAGUCAGAGAUGCAUCGUCGCCGCCAUAGUAUGGAUUGGCAUCGAAGUGGCCGACUUUAAAGCCUGCUUUAGAGAGAGCACUGUCGCUCUAUUACAAGCAAAUAACAGAGUAGCAGGAACUGUACUUACGCCGCUAAAAUGGACUCGCUGAGGCCUGUACCCAGAACAAUUGUAUCAAAGUCCAUGCUUGGGUUGAAGUAUCCGACGGAGGUCACUUAGAAUUCUUAUUCUAUCUUGUUUUUGAAGCAAUGCGUCGUGCAUUUUCUCUCGUCCGCAGUCAUUCCGCAGUACCAAGGAGUAGUAUAUGAAGCACGUUCGGUAGGGUAGUUCCCUUGACUUACAUUGAAGAAUCAGACUAUCCGGUGUGACUCUGCUGUGACUCGAGUGUCCUUUAUUUGGUCAUCGACGUCGAAUAAGUUGAAUUACGCGGCCGGCGAGAUUUCCCAGUAAGGCACCGAGGUCGGUAUUACCCGACGGAGUAUUUCCAUCUUUGAAAAUUUCAGUUGGCUUACUUUCCUCCCACAAGCAACCCUCGUCCAGAACUCCUUUUGCACUCUCCCUCCGUUCCUUUUCUUAUUCAUUGCAAUGGGUGUUGAAUCAAAAAAGUCCAAAAAGUCCGACAAGAAGGCUGCUGCGAAAGCCGUCCCUUCAAAGGCUGUUGUCGCUGCGAAGCCAACCCCCAAGAAGGUGACCAAUGGCAAGAAGGUAGCUGCUAAGGCGGAGUCCUCCAGCGACGAGACUUCUGAGUCCUCGUCCGAGGACGAGAAGAAAAAGAAAGUUGCAUCGAAGGCCAAGUCUGCCGCUAAAACUGCCACAAAACCAAAGAAGGCCGCCAGCUCUUCUUCUGAUUCCUCCGAAUCUGAGGAGGAGAAGCCCAAGGCGGUCGCUGUAAAGAAGGCUGUCCCCACCAAGAAGGCCUCGUCGUCGUCCGACUCCUCUGACGAAGAGAGCAGUGAGGAAAGUUCAUCCGAGGCGAAGAAACCUGCACCCGCCAAGGCAUCCCCCGUUAAAAAGGCAGCUCCUGCCUCGACAACGACUAGCACCGAGGGUUCUGAUAGCUCAGAAGAAGAGGCCCCUAAGAAGGCUACUGCUCCCGCCAAGAAGGCUACACCCUCAAAGCCUGCGGCUAAGAAGGAGAGCUCUUCUGGUUCUUCAUCUGACGAGUCGGAUGAAGAGUCAGAGUCAGAGGAGAAGAAGCGUGUCGGUAAGACCGCCGCCAAAAAGGAAGACUCAGAUGAGGAGUCUUCGUCGGCAGAGUCGAGUGUUGAGGGCAAGGAUGUUGAGAUGAAGGAGGCAGCUACUGCUUCAAAAGGCAAGCGUAAGGCGGAAGACGAUGCUGCUCCCCCUGCCAAGAAGAACAAAGGUGACAAUGGUGCCGCCGUUGCUACCGAGGGAGGCGACUCGGAAGCGACGAAGACGAUUUUCGUGGGCCGACUCUCCUGGAACGUCGACAAUGACUGGCUCGCGCAAGAGUUCGCUGACUGCGGUGAGGUCGAAUCUGCUCGUGUUCAGAUGGACCGCAAUACCGGCAAGUCUCGUGGAUUUGGUUAUGUUACCUUCACCACUACCGAGGCAGUCGAGAAGGCGCUCGAGCUGAAUGGAAAAGAGAUCGACGGUCGCCCUGUUAACGUCGAUAGAAGUAUUGAGAAGGACAAGACUCAAGUUCGCGAGAAGCGUGCCAACGCGUUUGGCGAUUCGCCCAGCGAGCCUUCAUCGGUUCUAUUCGUCGGUAACCUUAGCUUUGACGCCACGGAGGACGCCUUAUGGGAGACGUUCAGCGAGUAUGGUGACGUGAAGAGUGUUCGCAUGCCCACGGACCGUGAUUCUGGUCGUCCCAAGGGUUUCGGUUAUGUCGAAUUCGCGGAUCUCGAAGCCUCAAAGAAGGCACAUGAGGGUUUGGCUGGUGCCGAAAUUGCUGGUCGUGCCAUCCGGUUAGACUUCUCCCAACCUAGGGAUAAUAACGCCGGCGGCCGUGGUGGCGGACGUGGAGGUUUCGGUGGUGGAGGUUUCGGUGGUGGAGGUUUCGGUGGUGGACGUGGUGGCGGACGCGGCUUUGGUGACCGUGGUGGUCGUGGUGGCUUUGGCGGUCGCGGUGGUGGACGUGGAGGUCGUGGUGGAUUCGGAGACAGGGGAGGACGUGGACGAGGUGGUCCCCGUGGCGGUCGUGGAGGUCCUCGGACUGGUGGAAUUACUAGCUUCGAGGGCAGGAAGACCACCUUCGACUAAGCCGUCUCUUCCGUCCUUGAGUUCGCUGUCCUUAUGCUGAUAUAUUGCUGCAUCUUAAAAGUACAUAGUGUUAUAUCCCUCUACUUGUACAUGUUCCUGCCUGGGUUCUAUAGUGUUGUCAUGAUUUACUAUGUUUCUGGAACAUAUCUUUCUGAUUAAUCUCGCCGUGUGGGUCCGCAUAUCUGCAAGUUCAA